AUGGCUGGGGGAAACUCAAGUGUGUCCGAGUUUGUCCUCUUGGGCUUCACAGAACUGCUCUUUGUGAUUUUCUUACUCAUCUACAUCACCACGCUGGUGGGGAACCUGGGAGUGAUCAUCCUUAUCAGGACCAACCCUCAGCUUCAUGUACCCUUGUACUUCUUCCUCAGGCACCUCUCUUUCCUGGACAUCUGCUAUUCUUUAUCCGUCACGCUGAAGCUCCUGUUGGAUCACCUUGCAGAGAGAAAUGGCCUUUAUUUCAAUGGCUGCAUCACACAGUUUUUCUUCUCUGUGGUAUUUGGCACCACGGAAGCCAUCCUUCUGACCGUCAUGGUGUAUGAUCACUACGUGGCCAGCUGUGAGCCUCUGCACUGCUUGGCUGCCAUGUCCCACGGGGUCUGUGUCCAGCUGGUGGUGGGCUCCUACGCUGUCGGGAGCCUGAAUGCCCUUGUGCACACCAGCGCUCUCCUCCAGCUCUCCUUCUGCGGCCCAAACCUCGUCAAUAAUUUCUACUGUGAAAUCCCACCACUCCUGCUGCUCUCGUGCUCCGACACCUGGCUCAACAAGAUGGUGAUGGCCGUGUUCAUUGGCUUCAUCAUAACAGCCUCAGUCUUGGCCAUUGUCUCCUAUGCCUGCAUCCUGCUCACCAUCUGGAGCAUCCGCUCCUAGGAGGGCAGGCACAAAGCCUUCUCCACCUGCACCUCCCACCUCAUGGCUGUCACCCUUUUCUAUGGCUCUGCAGCUUUCUUGUAUUUCCAUUCCUUUUCCCAGAGCUGGACACAAACAGCCUCCCUCUUCUACGCCACGGUGACCCCCAUGCUCAACGCUUUCAUCUACAGCCUGAGGAACAAGGAGGUGAAGGGCGCACUCAGAGGAGCCAUGAACAAACUUCUCUUUGCUUGUGUUCCCCUAGGUCCCCCUCUGACCAAACCGAAGCAGGUUGCCAGCUGA